AUGUCUUUGGUUCGCAUAAAACACGUGACUCGAGAGGCGGUGUCGUCGGCGCUGACCUCUACCGGCCGUUACGGGCGGCGACCGAUGGCCACCACAACCGGCACCACCUCUACCCGCGGUCAGCAUCGCUACCACCGCUGGCGCCGCUCGACAACAGCCCUGUCGUCGUUGGCCUCACUCUACUGUUGCUGUCAUUACUUCGCCGCCAAACGCUGGCCACCCGAAGGAGCCGACGGUCACCGCCGAUGGCUGUCCUCCGCAGUGGCCGUACGGGCCGUCCACUGCCUACUGAUGCGCGACGACAGCUAUAACCCCAACGGCGGCGGAAACGGAGACCGGAAUCGAUACAAACGGCAAAACACGCCUCAAGAGGAGCAGCUCUUCGCGGCCAUCCGUUCGGGCGAUACACCGGCUGUGCGACAGCUGUUGGCCGACCAGAAGGUGGACCCGAACUGUCGCCACACUCUGGGCUGGAAUCCAUUACUGUUGGCCGCAGUGAACGGACGGACAGACGUGUGUCAACUGUUGCUGGAGUCGGGCGCCGACAUCGACGCCACCGAUGAGUACUCUUCGGCGCAGAAGAUGUCCUAUUAUUACGGCCUAAACUACUUGACAGUGGCGUCGCGUCGCGAACAGGACUUCUCGGACCUGUUGUCCACUCGGGUGUCGUUUAGGGGCACCACUGCUCUGCACUACGCGGUGCUGUCGGCCAGCGGUGCGACCGUCGAUCUGUUGGUGAGUCGCGGCGCCAAUCCGUCCGUCGAGAACGAGAUCGGACACAAGCCGUACGACUACUGCAAAGUGGACGACCGCGAGAUCCAGAAGACGUUGAUUGAGGCCGAGAAGCGCUACUCAGCGGCGGAGGCGAAGAGACGACUGGACGAGAGGCUGAAGUUCCCGCUGGAAGAGCGCAUCAAAACGGUGAUUGUUGGCCAACAGUCGGCCAUCACGACAGUCGCGGCGGCCAUUCGGCGCAAAGAGAACGGCUGGUACGACGACGAACACCCGCUGGUGAUGCUCUUCUUGGGCUCGUCGGGCAUCGGGAAGACAGAACUCGCCAAACAAGUGGCCGCUUAUCUGCAGCCGAACGGCAAGGGUUUCAUUCGCAUGGAUAUGACUGAAUACCAGGAGAAGCACGAGGUGUCCAAAUUCAUUGGCGCCCCUCCCGGCUAUGUUGGCCACGACGACGGCGGACAACUGACCAAAGCUCUGCGCGACUCUCCCAACGCUGUCGUACUGUUCGAUGAGGUGGAGAAGGCCCACAACGAUGUGCUCACCAUUUUGUUGCAACUCUUUGACGAGGGCCGAUUGACUGACGGAAAGGGACAGACAAUUGAGUGCAAAGACGCCAUUUUUAUCAUGACAUCAAACCUGGCGUCCGAUGAGAUCGGAGCGUACGGCCAGUCGUUGCGCAAAGCGGCCGAAGAGGCGGCCAAAACACGGCUCGAGAAGGCCUCGUCGUUGGAGACCGUGGAGGACGACACCGAAGAGAUGGUUCAGGUGUCCAAACAGUUCAAAGAGGAGGUGAUUCGGCCGAUACUGAAGCAACACUUCAAACGGGACGAGUUCUUGGGCCGUAUCAACGAAAUGGUGUACUUUUUGCAGUUCUCGCGCCACGAGUUGAACCAAUUGGUGAUCCGGGAGUUGCAGUACUGGGCGGACAGGGCUCUCAAGAGGCACCAAAUGUCGCUCACGUGGGAUAAGCGUGUGGUCGGUCUCAUUGCCGACGAGUAUAACGUCUAUUACGGCGCCCGUAGUAUCAAACACGAGGUCGAGCGCCGUAUUAUCAAUAAGAUAGCCUUUGCACACGAGUCACAGCUCAUAUCGUCCGGCGCUGGAGUUCACAUCACCGUCGAAGAGGGCUGGGAUCAGGAGGAAGAGGUUCCCAAUGAGGCCAGUGAUGAGCCCGAUGUUAACGCUAAUGUUGAUGGACUGGAAGGCAUCGAUGGCCAGACCGAGGGUCAGGUCGAGGGCAGUGACGCUGAGAAUAAGCCGCCGGCCGUUGAGCGCAAAGUGAAGACUUUGGACCAAAAGAUUAAGAUUCAGUUAAAAGACAAGAGCUCUCAGAAGGAAGAGGUUUUCGUUGACAUUCCCGUCAAUGAGAAGAUGAAGAGUCGGCUAAAGGUUAAGAAGUUAUAGUCAUUUGAUAGACAUUUCAUUUUUGUUUUUUGUUUUGUUUCUUAAUUAAUUCAUUUU